AUGUUGCCUUUACAACGUUCUAUUAAACGCUGUUUGAAUAGAAUUAAUCGAAAACAAAUCAUAGCAAUCACGUUUCUAUCACUUAUUGCUAUCAUAACUUGGAGAAUCAAUGAACGCGCUGGGGAAAUUAAUUCAAGUGGCGAAGUUCCAUAUAAAGCGUUUGGUACCGAAAUAAUUCCACACAAAGACAAACGAAGCGAAUCUAAACAGUAUUUAUCUUAUCAACCACCUGGAGGUGGUUGGAAUAAUCAAAGAAUUGCUUUCGAAAAUGCUGUGAUUAUAGCCGCCAUGUUGAAACGAACACUUCUUGUCCAACCAUUAGCUCCUCACGAUCGCAUGUUGGAACUGAAGACGCAAUAUAACCAGUCAGCGGGGUAUACCAUCUACAACAUGCUCACAACAAACGAGUUGGUUUCCGUCUCGAAACUUAUUGAUCUUGACAAACUCUCAUCAUUGCUCUCUGUACAAGAGAUAACUUCAAACCAUCAUGAUUUUUUAAAGAAAUAUAAUACUAGUUCGUGGUAUGUAGUCUGCCACAAUGGUCUAGCUCAUGCUUGGGUUGAUAAAAUACCUGCUAGAUUUAAUACAGGCAGACUAAGUCUAAAUUUUAAAAAAUACAGUCAGAAUUUCAAAAAGAUUGCUAAAUAUCGUCAAGUUUGCCCAGAGAAAACAGAAAAUGAACUGGGGGUCUGGGAAUUUUUACCUGAGUUGCGCAAACGACAAGAAGACAUAAUUUACUUCGAAAAAGGGUCGUUAUUUGUUCGGCAUAUAUUCUUUACAGAUUACAAAAGAGCUUUAAGCGCGCAAAAAGCACUGAUUGACUGGAUACAACCAUCACCAGAGGUACUAUAUAACGUUGCAAGAAUUGAAUCCGCCAUUGGAAAACCUUUUAACGCUAUUCACGUGCGCAGAAAUAAUCAUAAAACUGGCCUAGGUUUGAGUAUUCAACACUGGUUAUUACAGUUAACAAAGGCGAAUGCACUACAGUACUCUAACAAACUGUAUAUUGCCACAGAUGAAGCGAAUUUAACAUGGUUUUCUCCGCUUAAAGAAGCAGGAUAUAGUAUUUUAUUCGCAAAAGAUUUUGAGAUUUUUCGUGAAAUUCAUGAAAGUAGUUCAAUUACGAGCAAAGAUAUCAUAGGCUUCCAUGAACAGGUGAUUUGCUCUAAUGCAGAAUUUUUUAUCGAAUCGCAUUAUUCGACGUUUUCCCGGAUUAUCGAACGAUAUCGGGAAGGUCAAAUUUGGGACAAAAAAUAUUUCCGAAAUUUGAUAUUUUCUUCAGUUAAAUGGAUAAAUAUUUACAAGUAUAUAUAACAGGACCACCGGAACGAAUAGGCAGUGGGAAAAGUCACUAUAUAAAAGAUGCGUUACUUAUUUGAUGGAACAGUUAUCCUUAGAUCAUACCAGAAAACGCAUGAAAUGCAAUCCUAGGCUCUCAAAGACGCAAAAUUAGCGCCAUCCUCGCAUUUCAUGGACUUCAUUGGCCAGAAACCAGUCAAACAUUAUCUGGAACUUUGAAUCUCCUGGACUUGAGAUUUGGUGAAAAUUGCCCUUCCUGGAGUCGUCUCCGGGCCCCUGGCAAGUGCGAUUCCAAACUCGUACCCAGGACACUUGAUGCAACGGCGGAAGCAAGACGCCCUUGCCCUCGGUUCUCGGUACGUAAAUUGUCUGCAUAUAGCAGAAAAAGUUCCUUAUAUGUUUGCAUGGUGAAAUAACUUUCAUUGUUUUGUAGCCCUGGCUUAUGGAUCGAAUUAAAGAUUUGACAAAUACAUUUAAGCGGUGUUUGUACAAAACGAAAUGAAACCUAUCAUAAUAUUGUACACUCAGUGUAAAAUUAAGAGUCGUGAUGUAUACGUAAUACUACGGAAAAUAAAGGGGGGGGGGGGCUUCUAUAUGAAGAUUUUAUCUGCAGAAGACACGGUCAAUUUUUAUAUAUGCUAGAUAAAUUAAGAUAUUUCUUCAUUUCUAUUUUAAUCUUGAAGACAACAUGACGUAACAUGAAAAUUUAGGCUUAGAUAUUUUUGUGUUAAAUAUUGUGUACUAUGACUAUAUGUUUGUUCAUCAACAAUAUUUUGUCCAAAAUCACAUGGACGGUUGUAUAAAUGUUGUUCUGUUUUUCCUUGAACUUUUGCUUUUAUUUGUUCUUGCUAUUCUUCGUGCUUAUUAUCGCGGUUGGCUGCCUAUCCUGCUGGUUUGAUCAUUUCACGUCUACUGCACUGGAAACGAACAGAGAUCAGGAGAGUUGGUAAAUAUAAACUGAAAUUUAACUCUCUUACUUUUAAAGAAUACUGAAAUAAUCACUUUCUUUAGUAAACUUCUUAAAAACAAUCACUACUAAAUAUAACGGUUCAAAGAUUAUAUAUUACUUAUUUUGAAUUAUUAAUGUCAGUAAUUAUUAUAGUCUAAACUGUAGUAUAUAUACAAGUCUCUACAAGAUAAUUUCUUCUUAACAUUGAUAGAUCGCAUGUCAUAAGACUAGUCCCGACAUUUAGACCAUAAACAGAGAAAGUGAAAAAUGUCGUAACGCAAUAUAUAACAUCAAGUAAUUUGUUUAUGUGCGCCAUUGUGGAACAGAUUUGUAUAUAACAAAGUCAACAAAAUGAUCGCUCAACAUCAUUGUAACUUCUACCCAUGCAUAAAGAUAAAAAUACUUGACCAAAACUGCAUUUUACAAAUCUUUUUGUUUCAGUUUUAUUCUUAUCAAUGACGGUGAUCCUUGAUUUCACGUCUUUGCAAGAAGAAAGAGCUAAAGAUUUUUGGAGGAACGACAAAACAACAGGUAAUGUUUACAAUAGCUGGCGGGUACCAAACAUCAAAGAACUGAUCUCUACUCCGAAUAAAUAUUGCUUAAACAGGCUGAACGAGAGACACUAAAGUUUAAGAGAACAUGUUUUACUUGAUGAAGUAACAAGUUAACUUAUGAAUGAGCUCAUUCUUGUUUGCGGUAAUGUGCAGUGCCCUUUCUUCUCCACAGAAAUUUUCGCCGAGCGAAGGAAACGCAGUAGUACCGAACUUGAGAAUCUAUGUAGUUUGAGAAUUUGUCUCUGUGGAGGCCAACCUCGUUCACAGGCAUGGGAACGAGGUUGA